GGGGCGCCGAGCUGGGCACGGGCAGGAUGCGGUGAAGGGCGCGCGGCGGGCGCGGGCGCAACGAUGAGCGCCUCUGCGGCCACCGGGGUCUUCGUGCUGUCCCUUUCAGCCAUCCCGGUCACCUACGUCUUCAACCACCUGGUGGCCCAGCACGAUUCCUGGAUCGUGGUGGGUGUUGCUGGCCUCAUCCUGCUCCUGGUUGCCCUGCUGGCCCGGAUCCUGGUGAAGAGAAAGCCGCCGCGGGAUCCUCUCUUCUACGUGUAUGCUGUGUUCGGCUUCACCAGCGUGGGGAACCUCAUCGUGGGACUGGAGCAGGACGGGGUGGUGGACGGCUUCAUGACCCACUUCCUAAGAGAGGGGGAGCCGCACCUGAACACUGCGCAUGGGCACAUGCUGUGCUACUGGGACGGCUCGGCGCACUACCUCAUGUACCUGGUCAUGGUGGCCGCCAUCGCCUGGGAGGAGAGUUACAGAAACAUCGGCCUCUACUGGGUCGGGUCUGUUUUAAUGAGCAUUAUUGUUUUCGUGCCAGGAAACAUUGUAGGGAAGUAUGGGGCCCGCUUCUGCCCAGCGGUUUUCUUGAGUGUGCCGUAUACCUGCCUUUCUGUCUGGGCCGCUUUCAGAAUCUAUCACCAGCCCCCUGAAAACUGCAGUUACUCCUCCAAGGUGGUACAGGAGGUGCAAGCCCAGGCGUUGCUGCGCAGACCCCCGGACCUUCUGCUGGUGAUGGGUCUCCUGCUGGCGGCCGCCUUCUGCCUGUUCCGAGGCCUGAUUGCUCUGGACUGCCCAGCUGAGCUCUGCCGGCUCUACACACAGUUUCAAGAGCCUUACCUGAAGGACCCCGCAGCGUACCCUAAGAUCCAGAUGCUGGCAUAUCUGUUUUACUCUGUCCCUUACUAUGUGCUCGCACUUUAUGGCUUGGUGGUUCCUGGGUGCUCCUGGAUGCCCGACAUGACGCUGGUCCACGCAGGAGGGCUAGCUCAGGCACAGUUCUCUCACAUCGGUGCUUCUCUACAUGCUAGAACUGCUUAUGUCUACAGAGUCCCGGAGGACUCAAAAAUCCUUUUUCUAGCAUUAAACAUAGCCCAUGGACUUCUUCCUCAGCUCCUGGCCUACCGCUGUAUCCACAAGCCAGAGUUCUUCGUAACAACAAAGGCGGAUGAAAAAGUAGAAUGAAAACAUGUCUUCCUGUUCUUCCGCUGACUCUGUGAUGCUGAGCCCUCCCUCCUCAGGUCCAGGGGCUUGGGAACAGCUGAUUCCUGCUCUGCACUACCUGUGUGGACCCGCAGGUGGGACUGGGAGGGCAAAGCCUCUUUUUCUGUAGGAAAACUGUUGACUGUUUCAAGAAACGAAUUCAAAAUUACUUGUGAACGGACCUGAUGAUCAUAUCAAUAUUCUAUUUCCACACAGUAUAAUACACACGAAAAGUUACAAUUUAGUUCCUACAACCCCAAACCAAAACUGUCCAAAGUAAACAUGGCGUAUACCUAGGAACAAAUUCAAAACUGCAAAUACAGAUUGGAGCAAUAGUGUUUGCAAAGAUAGAUGUAUGCUUCAUUACCAACCUCAACUUACAAGGCAAAUCACCAGAAUUAUUUAAAAAUCUUGUUUGAAAAUGUUCCGAGGAAAGCAUACUAUUUACUGUUGUUUUAAAAACUGCUUUUACUACAAAAUAUUUUUGUGGCUGAUACAAAUUCUUGUUUUAUUGAUAACUGAAAAUAUUUCUGUAUACAUUUUUAAUAAAAUUCUUUUUUGCUUUUGAGGAAGAUAAAUA